AUGGUUGCUGCCAAAUCACUCCCCAACUUCAUCGGCACCGUCAUCGGUGAACGCUACCACCUCACCGAGGAGUUGGGCUCCGGCUCGUAUGGCGUCGUCUACAAGGCGGUCGACCUCACGAACGAUAACUUCGUCGCCGUGAAGGUCAUCCGCACGGUUGGCCGGAGCCCCGCCGAGCUCGCCACCAUCAAAAGAGAGGUCGCCCUGCACAGCGUCGUCGCGCACCACGAGAGCGUCGUCGGACUCAUCGACGCCUUCGACACCGACGAGUACUGCUAUAUGAUCCUCGAGUACAUCCGAGGGGGCGACCUGUUCGAGCAGAUCGUCGAAAAGAAGUCUUACCAGGGUAAAGACGAGCUUCUCCGGAGGGCAUUUGUCUCGCUCGUGGACGCUGUCCAGGCGUGCCAUGACGCGAAGAUCGCCCAUCGAGAUCUCAAGCCGGAGAACAUCCUGACCAGUGAGGAUGGUUCCCGGCUGUACCUGGCAGACUUCGGUCUUGCUAUGAACCAGAAGAUGGCGAGCGACUGCGGUCGUGGGACCUCCAUCUAUAUGAGUCCUGAGGCUACGGGUGAAUUGACUGCUCGGCAGCCAUUCGACCCAUACCUCAACGAUAUCUGGGCGCUGGGUGUCAUCCUUGUCAAUAUGAUCACGAGGCAAAACCCGUGGUCGAAGGCGACAUCCAGGGAUGCCGAUUUCAGUCAGUUCAUCAUGGGCCCGGAAUUCCUGCUUAAAGAGUUCCCCAUGUCCAAGGGGGCUUUCGCCAUCAUCCGCGAGAUGCUCGAUCUCCACCCCGCAAAGCGGAUUAGCCUCCGCGCCCUCCGGAAAGCGAUUCUUUCGCUUGAUACGUUCUUC